AUAAGUGAGUGUGAAUUGUUGAUACAGACGUGGUGUUGACGCUAAUUCUAUUCUCGGUGAGGGAUUCAUACUUUGAUCGUCUAACAGACCCUAUCCCUGUGUGGCUGAUAGAUCGUGAAAAUUUUAUUCACUGAAUUUUUCAAGUAUUUACGUUCUACUCCACUUGAGACACUUGAGACGUCUGGCUGAGACACAGUAGGAGAGAAGAUCCAGAAGCUACAUUUGUUGAUUUUCAGACAGAAUUUAUUGAAUCAGAACUCAAGAUGUGUGCAAAAAUGGCUUUCCAGCACCAGGCGGGCACCGCUAUGGAGUGCCUGAGUAUACCAAUAACCCUCCGAAAAGAGACUGAGAUGUUGAAUGGCGAGGUAUUCCUUAAGUGUGGCUUCAAAAUAGGGGGUGGUAUCGACCAAGAUUUUCGAAAAAGUCCUCAAGGCUAUACAGACAACGGUAUUUACGUGACUGAAGUACAUGAGGGAUCUCCAGCAGCCAAGAGCGGCUUAAGAAUUCACGACAAAAUUCUCCAGUGCAAUGGCUACGACUUUACAAUGGUCACCCACAAAAAAGCCGUUGCCUAUAUAAGAAAACAUCCAGUAUUGAAUCUUCUUGUGGCACGAAAAGGCGUCACAAGCACCUGAACACACACAACUUACUCAGUGGUACGUUGUGUAUCAUUCUCAACGGGAUAAUCCAUUCAAUUAAUGAAUUCAAUUACGAAUAGGUAAACGGCAAUAAAUUGUUUCCUAAUCGAGUUCUCGAGAAAUCUGUCGAAAUGUAACGAAGAUAGUGAAAUUUUUCCUGAUACCAUUUCUAUAGAAUGAAAUCAGAGCUCUAGAAAGGGUCUUAAUAAAAUUAUUGCUAUCUUUUUUGUAGCCAGAUAUUUCUCGAAAAUUUAUGUGUUAGCUGAAUUGACUUAUUACCUUUUAUUUCGUCGUUAUUGAAUUUUUGUACAUCACGUUUAUUAAGUCGCGUUACCAAUGAGUCCCCUAGUGUUAACUCCAUUCCAUACGACAGAUUAUUGUUAAGAUAACCCGUGAUAAUGGUUUUAUUAAUUACCAAAUGAAUUUUAAUUUAAGAAGUCCAAAACCCGUUAGUGUUAAUUACAGAUUUAAUGAGGCAGACGUCAUUUUUUUACGACCAAUUUUGUGGGAGUUGCAGGGAGAAACAAAUGGUACUUCCAAUUAACGAUUCAGUAUUGAACAAUUGCAAUUAUUGUGAACAAUUCAGAUUAUUUUGUUUUUCGCGCGAAGGGAAAGUCAUUCAAACAUGUCGAGAGAAUUUGGAGACAUUAACUCGAAAUUAAAAUUAAUACGAAUUAAUGCCUCAUUUUUCUUAAUAUCGCCCUGCCUGCAAUUGUAAGAUAAGUGAAAAUAUAUUUAUUUAAUACAAAAAUGUACGAAUCUUGUUGGGACUUAUUUGUCAAUUGCAAAGUCUUUAAAGGGAAUUCUAUGAAAAAAUUUCUACGGAUCUAGACGACGUGUCGAUGUGCUUGAUAUCAGUGUUCAUCGCUUAAAAAUGAUAAGAUAAUAAAUAUGAGAAAUCGUUGAAUCUGCAGCACAAAUCUGAUUCAAACAAACGAAAGUAAUAAUUGUGGAUUUGUUUGUAUGAGUGUUUUUAAAAUUGAAAAAAAUCAAUUGAACUAGGAAAAAUUGUUAUCAACAUCGAUAAUCAAACGACCAAAGCCUUUGAACGCAAAAGUACUCAGAUAAGCCUAUGGAACGGAUUAAUGAAUUUCACUCGACAUUUAUUUACCAAUCGCCAAUUUUCUACUUUACAAAUCUUGUACUCUUAUUGUAAUUACAUUUUUUUUUCAACUAACUUUGUGAAUCGUCCAAUAAACUCGAUGACUUGUAGUUCGAGUUUCGAGUGAAUCCUUUUGUCACCACUUGAAUAAAAAUAAUUCCUCCUUCA